AUGGACGACUUGUUAACCGGUAGCUCAUCCGAAACAAGCCUCAAUAGUCUGCGCAAAGAAAUAUCCCGAAUACUUGGAAAUGGUUGCUUUGAACUGCGGAAGUGGGCAUCAAACUCGCCAUUCGUCAUCCGCAAUAUUCCUCUCGAUGCAAGAGAGCACAAUAUAUCUCAUUUGCUUGCUGACGACGAUACAGUACGCGCUUUAGGACUAAUGUGGAAUUCCACGGAUGACUACUUAUACUUCGACAUCAAAUUGGGGUCCCCACCGAAAAAUCUCACCAAAAGAUCGCUUUUGUCAGAUUCCUGUCGAUUAUUCGAUCCUACAGGGAAGCUGGCUCCAAUCACCUUGGUCCCCAAAACGUUAUUCCAACGACUCUGGCAACUUGGCUUAGACUGGGAUGAUGCAGUACCAGAAGACAUCGCCGCUUGCUGGCUGAAUCAUCGCGAGAAUUUAAAAUUACUUUCUGGACUCAAAAUCCAAAGAUGGCUUGGAACCGGAAUGGAAGGUUCAAAGACAGAUCUGCACUGCUUCGCAGACGCUUCAGAGCAGGCUUACGCUGGUGUAGUAUACGCUCGGACACGACAUGCUGACGGCUCAAUAACUGUAGCUAUGGUAAGUGCAAAAACAAAGGUCUCGCCUCUCCGUUCUAUUUCCAUAGCUAAGCUCGAGUUGUGCGCCGCCGUUCUGGUCUCAAAACUCGCACAUCACGUUCAACAAUCGUUAGCUGGACUGGUAUCCAAGAUAUAUGGAUGGACGGAUUCUAUGAACGCAUUGGCCUGGUUACAAAGCCACCCCAGCCGCUGGUCUGUAUUUGUAGCGAACCGAGUCGCAACAGCACAAUCGAAUAUAGCAUCGGAAGAUUGGUCCCAUGUGUGUACAACCGAUAAUCCAGCUGAUUGCGCAUCAAGAGGUAUGCAACCUGCGCAAUUUAUCCAGCAUAAAUUAUGGUGGAAUGGGCCUCCCUGGUUGUCGCAGGAUGAUAAAUACUGGCCUAACUCACCAUCAAUACCACCGACAGAGUUGGAACUGCGUCCAAAGCGAACCCUGACUCACACCGCUUCUAUUGGCGCUGCUAGCUUCAUAGCGCGAGAUAUGCUCGCUAGGUUUUCGUCGUUUUUACGUUUGAAACGCAUUACAGCUUAUUGGUUGCGAUAUAUACGCAAUUUGCGAGAAAAACAAAGGCAAGGAGGUCCGUUAACAUACGCAGAGUUACGUGCCGCCGAAGAAUACUGGAUACGUCAGGUGCAAAGGGAAGCAUUCAACGAAGAAAUCUGGUGUUGCCAACACUCUAAACCUAUCUCGCUUCGCAGCUCACUAAUUCGGCUCAACGUAUUCCUCGACGACAACAACAUAUUAAGGGCGGGUGGUACGAUUCGUCGCUCCGCUGUAUCGCCAGACAUCAAGUUUCCUAUCGUCUUACCGUCAAGGUCCAGCAUCGUUAUCAUGAUAAUUAAUGACCUUCACAAAAGCCUCUUGCACGGUGGACCACAACUUAUGCAGACCGUACUACAACGUCGGUUUUGGGUAAUGGGCGCACGAGGAUUGGUUCGAAAAAUCUUUCAUAAUUGUACUACGUGUCGACGUCAAGGUGCUAUUCGACAGCAACAGAUGAUGGCCGACCUACCAAGCUUUAGGGUUAACUACGCAGGCCGACCAUUCUCUGUCACCGGCGUAGAUAUGGCUGGCCCAUUUAGCGUAAAAUUCUCCAAAGGACGCGGGUCAAAGUCUACCAAGGGCUAUAUAGCUGUUUUUAUUUGCAUGGCGACUGGCGCUAUGCAUCUGGAAUUAGCGAGUAACUUAUCCUCAGAGACCUUCAUCAGUGUUAUUAAAAGAUUUGCCUCACGUCGAGGUUAUUGCCGUACAUACGUAUCUGACAACGGAACUAAUUUUGUGGGUGCUGAGAAAGAUCUACGGACAGUAUUUCAACAGGCGAUGAACGAUCCGAACCUCCAGCAUUUUUUUGCGAACUCUAGCAUAGAUUGGCAGUUUAAUCCCCCAAGCGGUCCUCAUAUGGGCGGUUUUUGGGAGUCUGCUGUUAAGCGUGUAAAGUUCCACCUUCGGCGAGCUCUCAAAGCGACCUUGUUGACGUACGAAGAGUUUUAUACCCUGAUCACCGAAGUAGAGGCUUGCGUCAACUCACGCCCUUUGUGCCCGCUCUCGAGUUCUUCGUCUGACCUGGAAACAUUGACUCCUGGUCACUUUUUGAUUGGCGAGCCCCUCAAAGCAUUACCCGAACCUACAAUGCUCGAUUUUAAGGGUAAUAUAAAUCAACGAUGGCAGCUUAUAUCCGCCGUACGUAACCAUUUUUGGCGUCGCUGGCAGCUAGAAUACCUUUCAACACUGCAAACUAGAGCUAAAUGGGUGCGUCCGAAGAAAAACAUACGAGAAGGGGACUUGGUCGUGGUGAGGGACGAACGUAUUCCUCCUGCGAAUUGGAAGCUAGCUCGUGUCGUCAAAUGCCAUCCUGGACAAGAUGGUUAUACAAGAGUAGUAGAUAUCAAAACUGCCGAAGGCCUGUUGACUAGGCCCAUCGUAAAGCUUGUACCUAUUUUAUCAGAUGAUGAAAAAUCUCAGUAG